UCUCAUAAUGCUACUAUUACGACUAGGUGCAGAGAAGUUAACCACGCCUGCAUUCAGGCGGGCUCCUCCCUUCACCUUGUGUGACUGAUAUGACACUCAAGAUGGCUGCCUCCUUGCGCCGGUUGCAUCACAUUGCAUUCCACGUUAGAAACGGAGACAAACUAACUAAUGAUCUAGUUAACAAGUACAAAUUCAAUUUAUUCGCGGAGAGACUGACGAGUAAAGCGAGGCAGGUGGCUUUGAAGAAUGGAUCGGCUGUUUUUGUUGUCAACGAAAGACUUAACCUUGCCUUUCUCGACAAGAAAGGGCAAGUGAAUAAUCUUUUGAAUGAGCAGGUCCACGACCAUUGUGGUUUCGAAACUUUUGACUACAAGAACAUCAGAUUUGAGCACGAACCGGAGUUUCUUUACGAUGUCUAUCAGUCAUACGUCGUAAACACAGCAUGUAACGUUUCUUUUGAAGUCAACGAUGUAGAGGGAUCUUCCAAAAGGCUUCGUAACCAAGGAUGUGAUAUUCUGGUCCCACCCACAAAAGUACAGGACAGAUGUGGCUACGUUACAUACUCGGUGGUCAAAUCUAUUGUAGGGAAUGUGUGCCACACUCUCAUCGACAGGACAAAUUACGAUGGGGAUUUCUUACCAGGAUUUUGUAAAAUUAACAAUGCCGGCAAUAACGCCCGAUCCGUGGCAGUUGGUAACUCUUGCGACAUAACUCAUUUUGACCACAUUACCUACGCAUGCCCCCAGCAAUGCACUCCUGAAAUAUUGGAAUGGUACGAGAGAAUGUUUGGUUUUGAGAGAUUUCUUAUGAGUAGAGAUGAAGAUGUGGAUGAGGGGUAUGUUAUCACUGGAGACAGUAUAGGGCUUCGUCUGACAGCUAUGCAGUUCUGGAAAUGCAGUGAAGUGGGGCUGAAACUCCCAUCACACAACAAGAAACAGCAAGACUGCAAGUUUGUGGUGGCUGAAUCCUUACCACAGCAAGGGAGAAAUCAAGUGGACACUUUCCUGGAGCAGCAUCACGGUCCUGGUAUACAGCAUGUUGGCCUCUACACUCCAGACAUCAUCUCUACUGCCAGGACGAUAGAGGAGGCUGGAGUGCAGUUUGUUUCUCCUCCACCUGCCUAUUACACUGAGGUGGGGAAGCAGAAGGAGAUCCUUGAAGCAGGUCACGACCCCCAGCUGCUGUCCCAGCAAGGGAUCCUCCUGGAUGCAGAGGUGGAGAAUGAGACUCCCCAGGUCAGAUCUCAAGAUCAGACCACCAACAAGAAAAAGCACCUCCUGCAAGUCUUCACAAAGCCACUUUUUUCUGAAGACACAUUUUUUCUGGAAUUGAUUGAGCGGAGGGGAGCAUCCGGUUUUGGAGAGGGAAAUAUCCGAGCUCUUUGGAGAUCAGUGCAAGCUUACAUGGAAUGCCAGAAGCAAAAACAAGCAGCACACCAGACCAAGGUUGUGAAGAUGCAGGUUUAGAAUUCAAGUGUACCAAAUAAUGUAAAAGGAGCACUUUUAGAUGUUGCUGGAGAUGUUGAUCCAGUUUGUUCUGCUGUUCAUACUUGAAGAAAGGCUGUUGACUGCCUUGUGUACAAAAUAUAGGUGAACUGGGACCUAGUUUUUUUUUUUUUUUGAUUUACUCCUGUUUUUGAAGAGAUAAGAAGAAUGUGAACCUGAAUUACAAACACAUUGGGAGUGGAGGUUGUUUGUAACUCUGAAAAUUAGUUUUCAGUGGUUUUAAUAAAAUGUGUACACCUGCUAUGUACAGCCUUAAUCUGGUGAGUAAUGCAAUACUCGUAUUGUUAUGAUCCUGAAGUCUUUGAAAUAGUUCUGUAAAUGGAAAAAGGCUGCAUUUAAGUUACUAUUGAAAUUGUAACUGUGGUAAAAACACAGAUUUAAACGUCCAGGAAAACCUGGGUUAACGUAAUGCUGGUUUUUAAACACAAUGCAUUCACACAGCUUGCUCAGUCAUUCAGCCUCCUUUGGCUUGAAAAAAAAAGAAACCUGUGCUUUGUUUAAAACUAAAAUAUUCCCAGUAAAAUUGCCCAUACUUGCUUUGAAAUAUGCAUCAUCUCUGUGUAUUCAUUUGUUGGUACAGUAAUUUUGCCUUCAUCAGUUGCAUUGCACGCAUGGUUGCAUUGCACGCAUGGUUGAUUGCAUACUUCCGGCUGUGAGUGGGGUGUAGACCGGUCAGUUUGGUGUUCGUAACUCUGAGGUUCUACUGUACAAGUUUUUUGGCUCUCAUAGGUAAAGGUUACAGACGACGAGGGAAUCCUAUCCAGUUUUAACCAAAAACUAGUAAAUGUACAUCUGGUGUUUUGUUAUUUUUAUUAUUUUUUCAGGGUAACAAAAAAAGCAGAGGGAUUUUUUUUCAAAUGCAGCACGGGAAGGGGAGCGAGCUGUCAAAAAGAAGCCUGCACAUUUUUAUUAGUAAUGCUUCUUUUUAAAAAGCACACAAAAAGGGAGCGUUACGUAAUUCGAAUACUCUACCUGCAAUAAUUUAGAACCGCAGUUGAACUUAAGAACAAAUAACAUAUUUUGUAUUGCAGAGCCACUCUUUAAUUAAAGUUAGUGCUGCUGUUAUGCUGUAAAAUUAAGUUAUACUUAUGGCAUCACGCAUGUUUUCUUGUUAAAAACAAUAGUGUUUCUUUAACUUGUGUAGUUGGUUAGUGCAACUGCACAAUCGUGUAUAAUUUGCUGUGAUUGAGUAUUCAUAAUUAGGUGACUAUUAUAUUAAAGUGUAUCUGUUAGGGGGUCCCCAUUCACUCACCUAGUAAAAGCAAAGCAAGGUGAAUAAUCCUAAUCAAGAGCUCGCUGGUUCUCAGCCACGCUUGUCGACAAUCUAGUCUGGGGGCCCACAGGGAGCACUACAUUGGCCUUUGUGCCCCUGUGGGUUAGGAAAAAAAUGGUCUGUGCAUAGCUCACCUUACCACACUACAGUGAUCCCUUUUUAGUUUUAGAAGUUGUCUGACUGUGAUCCUUGACUUAUCCUGGGGAGAUGUACCUAAACUGAAUGUUUUAUUGUUGUCAGCUACAGGAAGAAAAGAAAAUCCUUAAUCAUUAAUAAAGUGUCGAAUUUGCUGAA